GGCAGCAGGGAACGUGACAGGGCAACUUCUGUCUCCCACGGCUCAGGGCUGGGUCGCUCCAAGGAUGCUGUGGCCCCAGCGCCCGUGGGUCAGCUGGCACCAGGAACUUUCCUGAAAGCGGUUUUGGAGGCUCUGCAUCUGGGUCCGGCCGUGGUGAUCAGCCCGUCGCUCAGUGGCAUGUACUCCCUGCCCUUCCUCUUCCAGCACAACCACCUGCUCAAGGCGUAUGUGCCCGUGGCACCCAUCUGCACGGAGAAAUUCACAGCGGAGCAGUACGCCCAAAUCAAAACCCCCACGCUGAUCGUGUACGGGGACCAGGACGCGGAGCUGGGGCAGCCCAGCCUGAACAACCUGCAGCACCUCCCCGAGCACCGGGUGCUGGUGCUGCAGGGCGCCGGACACGCCUGCUACCUGGACAAGCCCGACGAGUGGCACCGCGGGCUUCUGGCCUUCCUGCAGCAGCUGGAGUGA